CGUCCCAGAGUGGUUUGCAGGGUGGGGUUCCACGCUGUGGCCCCAGCACCCGCCCCUGGUUUGAGACAGCCCACUGCCCCGUGCUACCUGAGAAGGCUCAGCACAGGCACCAACCACUGCCCAGCAUUGCCCCGUGCUGCCUGAGGAUUGGCACGGGCACCAACCACUGCCCCCAACUGCCCCAUGCUGCCUGAGAAGGCUCUGCACGGCCACCCCCGACUGCCCCGCACUGUCCCCACCCGGGCAGCCAUGCAAGCGGCUGGAACUCUGCUGGCCUUCUGCUGCCUGGUCGUGAGCACCACCGGGGGCCCUUCCCCAGAUACUUGUUCCCAGGACAUUAUCUCAGGUGUGAAUCCAGGAUUUCCUAAAACAAUAAAGACCAACGACCCAGGAGUCCUCCAAGCAGCCAGACACAGUGUUGAGAAGUUCAACAAUUGCACGAACGACAUGUUCUUGUUCAAGGAGUCCCGCAUUACAAGGGCCCUAGUUCAGAUAGUGAAAGGCCUGAAAUACAUGCUUGAGGUGGAAAUUGGCAGAACUACCUGCAAGAAAAACCAGCACCCGCGUCUGGACGACUGUGACUUCCAAACCAACCAAACAUUGAAGCGGACUCUGAGCUGCUACUCUGAAGUCUGGGUCGUGCCCUGGCUCCAGCAGUUCGAGGUGCCUGUUCUCCGUUGUCACUGACCCCCGCUUCUUCAGCAAGACCACAGCCGUGACAAACACCAGGAUGCGUGCUCCCUGUCCCCCUCCCACCCAUCUCAUGACCGGCCUCACAGACCCUCUCAGGCCUCUGACGAGUGAGCAGAUGAAGUGCCGCUGGGUCACUGCAGGGCAGCUGGAAUGGGAGCAUGGUAGAGCCUCCUAACAGAUUAAAUAGAUCACAUUUGCUUCUAAAAUUAA